GGUCUCUGGGCAGAGGGACAACGCGGCAGCCGCUUGCUCUUCAAAGCGGACCCGGUAGUCUCCGCCACUGUUGUCGCCGCCAUGAGUCGCAACUAUAAUGAUGAGCUGCAGUUCUUGGAAAAGAUCAAUAAAAACUGCUGGAGGAUCAAGAAAGGCUUCGUGCCGAACAUGCAGGUGGAAGGUGUUUUCUACGUGAAUGACUCCUUGGAGAAAUUAAUGUUUGAGGAGUUGCGUAACGCCUGUCGUGGUGGGGGUGUUGGUGGCUUCCUGCCGGCCAUGAAACAGAUCGGCAACGUGGCAGCCCUGCCUGGGAUUGUUCACCGUUCUGUUGGUCUUCCUGAUGUCCACUCGGGCUAUGGGUUUGCUAUUGGGAAUAUGGCAGCCUUUGAUAUGAGUGACCCUGAGGCAGUGGUUUCACCAGGGGGUGUCGGAUUUGAUAUCAACUGUGGUGUCCGCUUGCUAAGAACCAAUUUAGAUGAGGGUGACGUUCAGCCGGUGAAAGAACAACUUGCCCAAGCGAUGUUUGACCACAUUCCUGUUGGAGUGGGAUCAAAAGGUGUCAUCCCAAUGAACGCCAAAGACUUGGAGGAGGCCCUGGAGAUGGGUGUGGACUGGUCCUUACGAGAAGGUUAUGCCUGGGCUGAAGACAAGGAGCACUGCGAGGAGUAUGGGAGGAUGCUGCAGGCUGACCCCAACAAGGUCUCUGCCAGGGCCAAGAAGAGAGGCCUUCCUCAGUUGGGAACCCUGGGAGCAGGCAACCAUUAUGCAGAAAUCCAGGUUGUGGAUGAGAUUUUCAACGAGUAUGCUGCUAAGAAAAUGGGCAUCGACCAUAAGGGACAGGUGUGUGUGAUGAUCCACAGCGGAAGCAGAGGCUUGGGCCACCAAGUAGCCACAGAUGCACUGGUAGCUAUGGAAAAGGCCAUGAAGAGAGACAAGAUUAUAGUCAACGACCGUCAGUUGGCUUGUGCUCGCAUUGCGUCCACAGAAGGUCAGGACUACCUGAAGGGAAUGGCCGCAGCUGGAAACUAUGCCUGGGUCAACCGCUCCUCCAUGACCUUCUUAACCCGCCAGGCUUUUGCCAAGGUCUUCAACACAACCCCUGAUGACUUGGACCUCCACGUAAUCUAUGACGUAUCUCACAACAUCGCCAAGGUGGAGCAGCAUGUGGUGGACGGGAAGGAACGCACACUGCUGGUGCACAGGAAAGGGUCCACCCGGGCUUUCCCGCCUCACCACCCCCUCAUCGCCGUGGAUUACCAACUCACUGGACAGCCAGUGCUCAUUGGGGGCACCAUGGGAACCUGUAGUUACGUCCUCACUGGCACGGAACAAGGCAUGACUGAAACCUUUGGGACCACCUGUCAUGGAGCGGGCCGGGCGUUGUCUCGAGCAAAAUCUCGACGUAACUUAGACUUCCAGGAUGUCUUGGACAAAUUGGCAGAUAUGGGAAUUGCAAUCCGCGUUGCCUCCCCCAAACUGGUUAUGGAAGAGGCUCCUGAAUCCUACAAGAACGUGACGGAUGUGGUGAACACCUGCCACGACGCGGGCAUCAGCAAGAAGGCCAUCAAACUCAGGCCUAUUGCUGUUAUCAAAGGGUAGCUCCUGACCGGGGCCCGGACCCUGAAGUGGACAUGGACUGGCAUACUCCUCAGACAUCAGACUCAAGCCUUGACCGCUUCCCAAGUGUGUAGCUGUAACUGCCCAUCCCA